CUGAAUCGCGGGAAACGGGUUGUGCGCGUCGUGCGUCAUAUUCAAUCGCGUUUGGCGUUCAGCGUCGUGACGAUUCAUAUUUGAUGAGGAAAUAGACGGGAAUCGUCGAGACGAAAAGAAAGAGCUCGGGAUCUGGUUCAAGGAUCGCGCAAAACUGCGGAAUGUCUGCCGCAAGUUGCUACGUCGCUACGUCGUGUAUGUUUCUGGCGGUGUUGUUAUUGCUGGUGGAGACAGCGAUGGCCUUGGAUUGCUACCAAUGCACGUCGGAGAAUGAAUGGAAAUGUAUGGAUAGCGAAAUGGUUAAAAGUUCCUUGGUACCGAUGAAUUGUAGUCACGUGUUUGCGGCGCAUUAUUGCAUCAAAUCAAUUGGCCGCUAUGGAGGUGGCAUUGGUACAAAACGAUUUUGUUCGUCUGUGCACAUGGGAAAUUACUGCGACUAUGUUAAACAGCCAGGCGACAAGUUGACCUAUCGCACCUGUGUAUUCACCUGUUCCGAGGAUGGAUGCAAUUCAGCAACGUCCUUCGUACCGAAUGUAAUGCAUACAUGGCUCAUACCAGCAAGCUUAAUCGUAACCUGGAGGAAACUAUUUUAUAGGUAGAAGAUUCUCUGAAUAUCUGACGAAUAUGUUGCUCGUUGUUGUCAAUGAAUCUCUCGCAUUUUCUUUUUUAACUGUAUUUAAAUAUGAAAUUAAUUUUGAUCAAUUUCUGACCACUGCCAAUGAUAUUUCAAACGGAUAAAUGUUAAAUUUAUCCCCUCACCACCAAUUUCGAUAAAAUUAGGUUUAUUCGAAAUCCAAGCGAUGCAUUAUAGGUACAUAUACGUUUUAAAUUUGUGCACUUUUCACAUGUGACCAUGAAGUAUGCUCAUAUCGCUAUUUCGUCAGUAUGACAGGUUUCCUAAUCUGAAUAAUUUUAAUAAUUAAUAUUCGACUAUAACGAUUAAUAUUUUGGUUCGCGAGGCAGAACGACACUUUUUUUUCUGCCAGAUUCUUUCGUUUCGUGCAAAAACGCGUCGAAUAAGCCUAAUUUUAUCGAAAUUAGUGAAGAACUAAACUUAACAUUUAUCUUCAAACGUGAAUAUUAUGAAUGUGAAAUAUUUUUUAUGUGGGUAAAUGUAAAGGUUCUCAAACGGUAUAGACUUUUUCACAAAUUAUCUCCCAUAAUGUGAAAUUGUUUUACUUCUAAUUAAAAUACUUAAAUUAUUU